AUGUGCCCAUUGACCUCAUACAAGGCUGAGUUUAAUCCUGGCAGGUGGUGCGCUGGUCUCGAAUACUAUAUCAAACGGAAAAUUGAAGUGGAAGCAAGGCGGAAACGCGUCGUGCAAUUAUGUGCGUCUUGCAACACAAGCUCUAGUCAGAGUAUCGAGCGGUUUUUUCUCCAUUGA